AUGCGCCAAUGUAAUGGCAUGUUCGACAGUUCUAUUCAUCUUGAUAGUCUACGAUGCUUUCACAAAGCUCGGACUUGCGGAACAUGUCUAAUCGAGAUGUGCGUCGUGGCUCACCGCGGCGUCAAUACUAUACCAAUACACACAACCAACAGCGAAAACCAUCCACCCGUCAUCGAGACAACACGGAGAGAGACAGUAACUCGUCGUCGCAGUGCUCGUAGUGGCUCACCAAACAGAAACGCUCGCAGCGUUUCUCCUAGAGGUGGUCGCAUUACCCCCUUCUGCGCCGAGACUCCUUCAUCGUCGACCGCCAAGUUCAUCACAUACUCCAAAUUUGACCUUACUAAUUGUCUGNCAGGCUCCCAGGUCGCGCAUCCCGUCAAACCUAAAGACUUCCGCGUUCCUCUCACUUGCUUCUUCUGGUACCAUACAGGAGACUGCAAGAAGUCUGACAAUAAGUGCCUCUAUGCACACUAUCACACCGGUACCGUCGCAGAGCCACCCAUCUCUUACAACGGCAGAGCUAUGGGUGGAAACAGAGCCAAGAAGAUGAUUGGCAACAUCAGCCAGCGCGAGGAGGAACUCAGCAUCCGCGGCGCAGAAAUCUACGAUGCCGAGCAACGCCUUGCUGCCGCGCAGUCCGAUCAUGCAGAGCAGGUCAACGUGAUCACUGCACGCCAACAGGAUGUCCAGCAGCGCGAACAAGCUGUUCAACAGCGUGAGCAGGCGGUCCAGGAACUUGAACAAGCAGUCCAACAACGCGAGCAAGCAGUUCAACAGCGCGAGCAAGGUCAGCAGCAUACUCAGGCUCUUGCGGACCACGAGAGAGCUGUCUUCACCCGCCAACACAACAACUACGAACGCGAGCAAGCUUUCGCUGCUUUCGAAGAAGGAAUGCUUCGCCAGCUCGAAGGCAACUACACUAGCAUUGCCUCAACUGUCAAUCAGAUGCGCAGAGCUGUAGGUAAUGCACAAGGCAUCCUCACCAACCGCCGGCAGCAAGUGCUUUACCACGAGAACUUCCCUAAUGUCGCACAAGGCACUCAAGGACAAGGCAAAUACGGUGGUUCCAUUGCCAUUGAUGGCGCGAUCGGUGCACUUGGAGGUCUGGAUCAGAUGCUUGCACAAAGCGAAGUCACGCUCCUCAGCCAGAUCCACACCGCUAUUCGCCGCCAUUAG